AUGACUACCACGACGGCGGAGGAGUCUUCGUUGCUGGACAAGCUCGACCAAGUUGCCCCGUUGGCCAAGCUCGAUGCAUUUCCAAAGGUGCCGACGACCUACAAGGCUCGGUCAGAGUCGAGAGGGUUCAUGACCCUCAUUGUUGCCUUCAUGGCAUUUAUGCUGGUACUGAACGACAUUGGAGAAUAUGUAUGGGGCUGGCCCGAUUACGAGUUCAGCGUGGACAAAAACGAAGCCCCCGACUUGACUAUCAACCUAGACAUGACAGUCGCCAUGCCUUGUGGAUUCCUGAGUAUUGACCUGAGAGAUGCGAUGGGCGAUAGGCUCUUUUUGAGUGGAGGAUUGCGGAGAGACGGUGUACUAUUCGAUGUCGGUCAAGCUACUUCGUUAAAAGAACACGCAGCUGCACUAUCUGCCCAACAAGCAGUUACCCAAUCACGAAAAUCUCGAGGAUUGUUUGCAUGGCUAUUUAUGAAAAACAAGGAUCCUGGAUUCAAACCUUCCCCGAAAUACAACCACGUUGGUGACGCCAGCGCUUGCCGAAUUACAGGUCAACUCAUCGUCAAGCGCGUCACCGCCAAUCUGCAUAUUACCACUCUCGGACAUGGAUACGCAAGUUACGAGCACGUCGACCACAAGCAGAUGAACCUCUCGCACGUCAUUUCCGAGUUUUCCUUCGGCCCGUUCUUCCCAGAGAUAGUCCAGCCUCUGGACAAUUCAUACGAAGCGACUGAAAAGAACUUUAUUGCAUACCAGUACUUCUUGCAUGUUGUGCCAACGACGUAUAUUGCUCCUCGAAGCCCGCCUUUGCAUACCCACCAAUACUCAGUUACGCACUACACCAGGGAAAUCGACCAUGACCGCGGCACGCCUGGAAUCUUCUUCAAAUUUGACCUUGAUCCUCUUGCAAUCACUCUACACCAACGAACAACAACAUUCCUGCAGCUCCUUAUUCGCUGCGUUGGUGUCCUUGGAGGCGUGUUUGUUUGCAUGGGCUACGCGAUUCGCAUCACCUAUCGUGCGGUAGAAGUAGUGUCUGGUGCAGAUCAGACUGCAGGUAUAGUUGCUGCUGAAUCAUCCGGUGUCAAAAUUGGUCUUCGCUCAAAGUGGGGCGGUGGUGAGCUCCGUUCAAGACCCAAGAGCGGGAAGCUCGUUCCACAAGGCAGCGGGUGGACGAUGGAAGGCAACGGGAACGGAUCUCCGUACGCAUCAUACAAUGGCACACCCGUUGCAGGCGCGUUCUCGCCCGGGGUACACUCACCUUAUCUCAAUUCCACACCUGGUUCACCAAUGCCCGGUACACCCGCCUCAGUUGGACUGGGAUACCCUUCGGGAACCUUCGGUCCUUCCGGCCCACCUCCAACACCAGGCCUUCGCAGCUCGUCCAGUCUCGGUCCGCCACGGACACCGUCGUAUGCUCCACAGGCGCAGCGAUCGUCGAGCAAUGGUACACCAUAUUCACCUAUGCCUCAAUCGGCUGCGCCUGAUGUUACCAGCUUUGGAAACGUCAGUGUUCCCGGGACACCCGCCAGCUAUGCGACAUUCCCUGCUUCACCCCACCCCGCCAACGGGAAUGGGUUCCAGGUAGGGCCCCCGCCAAAAAAGGUGGCAAAGAAGGAUGACUGA